AUGGUGGGGGAUGCAACUACCUGAAAAACAUAAGGAGAAUUUCGACUUUUCGAGCUAUAAGGCCCUAGAAACGUUUACUAACUCCAGACGUAGGGCCUUCACUCAAAAUGCCGAAACUGUUGCAUUUCUACCAACGAAAGCUUGUUAUAUUAUCAUCACUCAUCAGCAUGCCACGUACAGGAUUGUUGAAAUACAAUAAUUCGAGCGAUUACAUUCAUAUAAUUAUGUAUAAUUAUAUGAUAAUUUAUAGGCUCGAGGCUGUGAAUAAAAUUUCCAUCUUAUAUCAUGAAAAUUGGGAGUAUUCCAAAGGUCGAUCGAAGGCCGGUUCGAUUCCCACCGUGACUAGGCAUAUUUUUCAAGCUUUCCCGGUGUGUGGAUAUACACUCAGAGUAACAUCACAGACAUCAUAUUCACCUGAGUACAUAUAACACCAACACAGAAGAAAAAGUAUUGAUCAUAUAAAUUAUACCACAUAUACUGCACAUGAAAUGUUCUCAUUCAUCAUCUCUUUGUCUGAAAUUUUGUCUUUUAAAGUUCGCCGACUGAAGCACAAAACGUUAUAUGUUCUUAAAGUAAUGAAACACGUCUUUAUGACAAAAAUGUUAUGUGUAACAAAGAAACGCAAAUAAGAAGAACAAAGUACACAAUGAUGAUAAUCACGCAUGCAUGCAACAUGCGAGUGAUCGAUCAAACUAUAGUUUAGCAUUCGAAAACGGACAUAUACGAUGUCGAAGAUCCCCGCACAUGGAAAGUUGUGUAAAAUGUAAUUCCACUCGGAGUUUAACCAACUCUCCAUUGACUUGUUGUUUUUAGACAUAAUGUAAUGACUGCAUGUUGUUCCGAGUAUUGUUUAUUGUGUGUGUUUAGUAUACCUUGUAAAUUGUUUUCGUAUAACUAUUCUGGGGCCACUGUAAUUGGCAAUAACUAGCUAUUGUGGUUUCCCAGCCAAUGAAUGUAAGUAUGAUUUUAAUAAUCUGCCUACUAAAGACUGCAUGGCUUACACUAUCGAUCACAGCACGAAUUUUGCAUAGGUAUUUUUUUGCAUAUUUUUUGAAGGAUUUGUAAGAAAUGUUCGAGGUACAGUAAUUAAACACCAAGUUAGUCAUCUUACUACAUUAUGAAUGACGAAUAGAGAAUAUAAGUUUUACAGUUGCCAGGCAUGUGUGUUUUGAAAAUUAAUCAAGAUUACAAACGAGCAAUUCACUUACGAUAAGAGUGAACAAAAUUUCCUCUCACUGACCUAAUACAAAACGUUUAAAUUUCUGUUUUUAUUUCAUUACUGUUUAGUGAAAAGAAAAAUCUAAUGACUUACAUACAACAAUGAAUCCAUUCACAAUAAGGAAAAACUGGUCGAGGUUAGUUUUCAAAAUGUCUUCCAUGUUCAGUAAAAAGCUCCGACUCAGCAAUGUUUCGUUGAGAAUACCAGGAAGAUGAAUGCAAGUUGAAAGUGUGAGGAUGCAGCAGACAUUGGCAGUACUAAUGAGUGCGUUUUAUGCAUAUUGUAAAAUAAUACAGGAAUUGGAAAUGAAUGAUUUAAUGCUACAUUCCUUUGGCUUUGGGGGAGGGCUUGAUAGCCACUCGCGGUUACUUCCUGAUGACUUUUAACAACGUCGGAAAUUUUAGAGUUGAAUUUCAAUAUCUUAGAUAGAAUGUGAUAUAAUUUCAUUAAAAUUCUGUAUUUUAAAUUCCAGUCUGUUUUUGUUUGCAUGCAUGAGAGCAAUAAAACUUGUUUAUUGUCUGCGGUCAAUACUGUAGUGAUUUGUACCACGUCACCAGCAAUCUAGAAUCGUGAUAAAGGAAAAAAUACAUGAAAGAAUCUUCAAAUUGGAUAACUAUGUCAACCAUCAUAAAAACGUAUAGCCAUAUAUACACUUAUAAAGACUGUUUUCCAGUUAAGCGUUUUUCAUACGUGCGUGCAUGGACGCACAUGCAGAAAAGCCGGUUUAAAUCCUUUUAAAUUUUACUUAUGAAAUAACUGAUGGCAUUAAAAAAAGGAUAGUGUUUGUUUUCUGUAUGAUUUAAUGUGUAUUUGACCUCGAGGUAAUUAGUAAUAAUAUUAAAUUGAGGAAGACUUAAGAGGAGAUAUUUUGGUAUGUUACGUGCUCGAAACUAUGAGUAUAAUAUACCACAUGCGGUUAUGACUUAGAGUCCGCUCAAUCGGCAAAGGCAUGACUCAGCUAAACACAACUCCAAGUAUGCAUGUUUAGACGUGCUUUAUCUGUAAAAUGACUAAUUAUGACAGUCAUAUAUUCCCAUUGGGACUAUUACCGAUGAAUUAAUUUGAAUUUCCAAGUUAUGGAACGUUGAUUACUGCACACUUGUUUAUUGCAUUUUAAAGUUAGCUUGGUCGUAGCAAACCUACUGCAGACGAAGAAAGAUGUUUGCUUGCAGAAGCAACACCGAAAAACACUGCAUAUAACACGAAAUUAGCUUUGAAGCAAAAUUGUGAACGUUAUACCCGCCGAAAGUUUGUACUUGUUGGUAUGUGGAAUAAAUCGCCAUUUACUGGAGUCGAGGAGCAUAAUGGCGUCAGUAUUUUGGCAAAAGGAGAUCGAAGGUUAGUAGCUUUCGAUUCUCUCAUUUCUGAAUUUCGUAUUAAUCAAUAGGCGCGGCUUUGAAUAAAUGUCACAGUGCUGUAUAAACGGACUAACUAGAACGGACCUGAAGUUGUUGAAUUCUAAUUCUUGGUUUUGUUUGCAGAUUUACUUUAUUUCCAAAGACAUUAGAUGCAGAGAUGAAGAAUGCUACAAACAAAAAGUGGUAUCGUGCGGUACGUAGCAUGCAAGAAAGAGGAUCGCAAGGAAGUCACAGCCGAAGAGGAGAGUUUACUCUGGGAGAAAGGACUAUUAGGAGCCACAACAGCUGA